AACACUGAGAUAUCUGCAAAAAUGGCUCUGACUAACCCUGUGCCGAUGGGUCCAUGGAAGAUUACAGUCUACGAUCAGGAACACUUCCAGGGUAAACGUAUGGAGUUCACUUCAUCCUGCCAGAACAUCAUGGAGUGUGGCAUGGACAACGUUCGCUCCCUGAAGGUCGAGUGUGGAGCAUGGGUUGGGUACGAGCAUUCCAGUUUCUGCGGGCAGCAGUUCAUCCUGGAGAGAGGAGACUACCCUCGCUGGGACUCCUGGAGUGGAAGCAAUGCCUAUCACAUCGAGAGAUUGAUGUCUUUCCGCCCAGUCUGCGCUGCUAACCACAAGGAGUCAAAGAUUGUGAUCUUUGAGAGGGAGAACUUCAUAGGGAACCAGUGGGAGAUAAGCGAUGAUUACCCCUCUCUUCAAGCCAUGGGCUGGCCCAGCAAAGAGGUUGGAUCCAUGAAGGUUCAAAGUGGAGCCUGGGUGUGCUACCAGUUCCCUGGUUACCGUGGCUACCAGUACAUCCUGGAGUGUGACUGCCACGGGGGCGAGUACAAACACUACAGGGAGUGGGGCUCUCAUGCACAGACGUGCCAGGUGCAGUCCAUCCGCCGAGUCCAAAACUAA